AUGGAAGGUUCCUUGAACUGCCUGGGACUCCCUGGCUCUUUUAGGAGGACCCCUCAGCUUUUUGAAUCCAGGAACCAUGGCCAGGAUCCAAGACAAGGAAGGAGGCCCUUUGCACUAUGGAGGCCAUGGCUACCCACCCCACAGAAGGCCACCAAAGAAGCCAAGAAGCAAGAGGGCCCAGCACAUAGUGGAGAAGGUUACAAGAUAAGCAAGGAGCAGCUUACAUCGUUCCGACAUCCCGUCAGGCUCUUUUGGCCCAAAUCUAGAUCUUUUGACUAUCUGUAUGCAGAGGGCGAGAAGCUGUUGGAGAACUUCCCAGUCCAGGCAACCAUUAGCUUCUACGAGGACUCUGAGGAAUCUGGCAGUGACAGGGAAGAGGACGAAGAAGAGGAGGACAAGGACCAGAGGGUGGCCUCCCAGGCCCUAAAGGGCGCUGAUCUUACAGCCGCCUGCAGCCCCUUUCCCAUAGCUCAGCAUCCCCAGCCUCGCACGCUGAAGCAACCUCCAGACUACAGUCCCCAGAAAGCCACGCGCCCCAAGGACGCCACUCUGCCGCUCCACGAUUGGGCAGGACGGUCCUAA